GAACAAAAAAAAAAAAACAAAAAAAAAACAAACCCCAGGAAUCCGAAAGAAGAACCAGACAACCACUUCCACAGAACAAACCCCCCAACUCCAGCCUGCUCCUGCUACUGAAAUCCAAGGGGGAGACGAGACAGAACAAAGGAGCCCAGAGAGAGAAGAGACAGAGACACUAGGGGGGUGUGUGGAGGGUAGGGGGUGCACAAGACUCAGAGUACCAACAGAGAGAUUCCCCAAAGUUGCCCAGAAUUGGGUGUGAACCAUGUUCUGUGGCCCUAGCCCCGACGGGAGCCUGCUUCUCUCUCUCCUCACUCUCAGCACAGCCCUCACCUCCCUCUGCUCCGCAGACAGCAGCUUUAGCCCUGAAGCUUGGCUCCAGCAGUAUGGCUACCUGCCCCCUGGAGACCUGCGUACCCACACCCAGCGCUCUCCCCAGUCCCUCUCUACUGCAAUUGCCGCCAUGCAGAGGUUCUACGGGCUGCGUGUUACAGGCACAGCUGAUGGAGACACCAUGAAGGCCAUGAAGCGUCCCAGAUGUGGUGUCCCAGACAAAUUUGGUGCAGAAAUCAAGGCCAAUGUACGGAGGAAGCGCUAUGCCAUCCAGGGUCUAAAAUGGCAACACAACGAGAUCACAUUUUGCAUCCAGAAUUACACACCCAAAGUAGGUGAAUAUGCCACAUUCGAAGCUAUCCGGAAAGCCUUCAAAGUGUGGGAGGGGGCAACACCUCUGCGCUUCCGUGAGGUGCCCUAUUCCUACAUACAAGAGGGUCAUGAGAAGCAAGCAGACAUCAUGAUCUUCUUUGCUGAGGGCUUUCACGGUGAUAGCACACCCUUUGAUGGGGAAGGUGGCUUCUUGGCCCACGCAUACUUCCCUGGCCCUAACAUUGGAGGAGACACUCACUUCGAUUCAGCGGAGCCCUGGACUGUCCGAAAUGAGGAUCUCAAUGGGAAUGACAUAUUCCUGGUGGCUGUCCAUGAACUGGGCCAUGCACUGGGUCUGGAGCACUCCAAUGACCCCUCAGCCAUCAUGGCCCCCUUCUACCAGUGGAUGGACACAGAGAACUUUGUGCUUCCUGAGGACGACCGCCGGGGCAUCCAGCAGCUCUAUGGGAGUAAGUUUGCAUCCCCCACCAAGACUCCUUCACAGCCCAGGACCACCUCCAGGCCCUCUGUCCCAGGCAAGCCCAAAAACCCCACCUAUGGACCUAACAUAUGUGAUGGGAACUUUGACACAGUGGCUGUGCUUCGGGGGGAAAUGUUUGUUUUCAAGGAGCGGUGGUUCUGGCGAGUUCGAAAUAACCAGGUGAUGGAUGGGUACCCAAUGCCCAUUGGUCAGUUCUGGAGGGGUCUGCCUGCUUCUGUCAACACGGCUUAUGAAAGAAAGGAUGGCAAAUUUGUCUUCUUCAAAGGAGACAAACACUGGGUGUUUGAUGAGGCCUCCCUGGAGCCUGGCUACCCCAAGCACAUCAAGGAGCUAGGACGAGGCCUACCCACUGACAAGAUUGAUGCGGCACUUUUCUGGAUGCCCAGUGGAAAGACCUACUUCUUCCGGGGAAACAAGUACUACCGAUUCAAUGAGGAGUUCAGAGCAGUGGACAGCGAGUAUCCCAAAGAUAUCAAAGUCUGGGAAGGAAUUCCUGAAUCCCCCAGGGGAUCGUUCAUGGGCAGCGACGAAGCUUUCACCUAUUUCUAUAAGGGGAACAAAUACUGGAAAUUCAAUAACCAGAAGUUGAAGGUGGAGCCAGGCUACCCCAAAUCAGCGCUUCGGGACUGGAUGGGCUGCCCCUCUGGGGGCCGGCCUGAUGAGACGGAGGAAGAGACUGAGGUGAUCAUCAUCGAGGUAGACGAGGAGGGCGGUGGUUCGGUGAAUGCGGCCGCUGUCGUGCUCCCUGUGCUCCUGCUCCUCUGUGUCGUUGCUGUAGGCCUGGCUGUCUUCUUCUUCAAACGCCACGGAACCCCCAAGAAGCUGCUUUACUGCCAGCGUUCCCUGCUGGACAAGGUCUGACCCCCUCAACAGGCUGGGGGGCUGGCACCCCUCCCCUGCCCACCCCCACCACACAGACUUUGCCUCUGGGGGCCAAGGGCUACGGGUGUAGGGGGAGGGACGGUCCCAUAUUUCCUCAUGGUCUCCUUGAUGUCCCACAACCCUCCUUCUGUCCCUUUCAGCCCCGAUCCCUUUCCCUGUGCUCUCCUCUUCCCCCUGCUCCCCUCACUUUAUCACUAUACAUGUCCCUAGGGUACUGAGCAGCAGCAGCAUCAUAGAGGUCCCCUGUCUCCCUCUGGGGAGCUCUUCUACUUGGUGCCAUCCCCUCCCCUGCUGGUCAUCCUGGGGGCUCUGCACUUGAAGGCUAGGACUCUCUGACCUCCCUGGUGAAGGUCAAAGUCUGGGUCACUUGCUCCUUUUCCUUUCCUGGACAUACCUUGCACCUCUGAACUUUAACCUCAGGAGGCUCUGCAUGCUUCCAGCCCCACAGACCCCAGGUCUGCCCAGUUGGCAGCCUCCCACCACCUUUUCUGGCUAAAAUGAACCUCAGUAAGGGAAGAGGAGAAGACCCUGAGGGAAUCUGCAGGGGCAGAGAUUGUGGGGUUGUAGGGGACGGAGUAUUUUAUUCCCAGGGUUGCCCAUCCCAAACCAUUGGGGUUGGAACAUAGACAAAGGAAAGCAGGGUGGCCAUUUUGCUUUCAGCAUUGCUAGGUCAAUCCAUCUCCCUCCCUAUGGGAAGCAUCUGUUUCUUUCCCACUCACCUGUUCACUCCAAGGAAUUUCUUUACAAGGCAAAAAGCUUGAACCUUUAAGGAAUAAACUUAGUAGGGAAAAAUUCUCAGCUGCCCCACUUACUGUCUCCCCAGCUCUGUCCCUGCUCAGUCACCUUCCAAACCUUAACCUUGGAUUUGGGAAACCAAGGUUGGAAGAGCCAUAGGGUAGCUACUGAGGAUAGAGAUGGGACCAAGGAGAGAGGGCAGAGUCAUGGAAACUCAGGGGUGUAGCUAUACAGAGAAAGAAGAAACUGGGAAAAGGAUCAGUGGCCCAGUAAUGGACGUGGAGACACUGUUAGCAAUGGAAGCAAGAGCCACAUGGAUGAGGAGUGGAGCUGGGGCUGGGACCCAGGGGCAGGGCUGGGGGGAAAGUGGUAGACUCAGAGAAGAUAAAGGUGAAUAAACCAAAUGGAGACUAAACUGGAGGGUGUAGCUGGUGCCAAGGAUAGGGGCCAGAACUGAUCAGUGAGGAGUUCUAUGAUGGAGGGUUGGGGUGGGGAGGCAUUUAUGAAGGCUAGAGAAAAGGGGCUGGUUUAGAGAGAAGAGAGACUUUUUUUUUAAUUGGUCCCCACAACUUUGCAUGUGAGCAGGCCCCAGGGGGAUGGACUCAAGGAAAACCAGAGGAGGCGGAAUGAGGAAUAAUAGAGAGGAUGGUCAGAGAGCUCCUAGAAAUAGUAAGAAUGUCCUGAGCCUGCAUGGAACACACUAGGACAGUGCCCAGUGAAACCUCUUUAGAGGUCUGGCAUGGUUGCUGGGGUCCCAGGCUCCCGCCCUAAAUAGUUGGGACAAAUCUUGGCCAGAGUGAGAAGAGCUGAGUAGCAUCAGCCCCUGGUACACUCAGGAGGGAGGGCUGGGACUUCGCUCUCAGGCCUGGGGGUGUCCGGAGUGACAUUAGCACACCUUCGCAUCCAUGGUUCCUCUCACACCUUAACCUUAAUGUUACCCCUCUUUGUUACUCCCCUCCCAUUUCCCCACCCAAUUUGUCCAUUUCCAAACUCCUUCAGCCAUCAGAAGGUGGACAUGGUACUGGGGGACUUGGGAGAAGGAGGAACCCUGUGGGGAAG